AUGGACAUCGACGAAGAAUUAGCCAUAAUAUCGGGGACAAAACUUACGGAAUCCAAGAAGACAGCGCAACCACAUCCGAAAUACAGAGAUAUGGUGAUAAAGGCGUUGACAGCUCUACAAGAGAAAGGUGGGUCGUCGAGGCUGAAAAUUCUCAGGUAUAUAGUGUCGCAGUUUAACGUGGUGGACGAGGCACGGGCUAACGUACACCUGAAAUUGGCUCUGAAGAACGCUGUGACUGACGGAACGCUGAUUCAGUCAAAUGGAACAGGAGCGGCUGGCUCGUUCCGACUCAGUGACGCGACAGUGAGCGCUCAGUCUAAAGGGAAGAAGUCGACACAGAUUGCAGGUAAACCCAAGAAGAAAGAACUAAACGGAUCAAUGAAAACAAAUAACCAGUCAGUCAAAAAGGUGCCACGUAAACCUAAAUUAGGUACACAGAAAGAAAAAGCCCCUGCCACCAAAAACGGAGUUACGAAGGACCAAGCACGAGGUGUUACGAAUAAAGGGAAAGCAAAUACAACAGAAAAAGGUGCUACCAAAGUCAACAAGGCAGCUGGAAGAAAGAAAUCUUUAGCUGGAAAGAAGGAUGCCUGCAGGAAAUCAAUUAAGGGAAACUACACGACCCCAUCAGCCUCAUAUGUACAGACUAACUCCAAGAAAUCCACGUCCAAGAAACAAACUGCCUGUAACAACAGCAAGAUAGCAAGCGCAAAGAAAGUGCCCAAAGCGAAACAAAGCCCGAAAACCAAGUCAACAACAACAACCAAGAGGAUAACUCGGAACUCAAUGAACAAGAAAAGUUAA